AUGAGACAGUACGACCCACGCCUAGGUAACCCACACACACUUUUUGUUCUCUCCUCGUGAGGACCUCAAAUUGAUUUAUUUUCAAAAUCCUACUUUAAUUUCCAUUCAAAAUCCUAACUCCAAACCCUAAUUCUAACCCUGACCAUAACCCUAAUUCUAACCCUGACCCUAAUUGUAUCCCUAAACCUAACCCCUAAGCCUUUGUCCUCAUGGGGACGUGGGAAGUGUCCCCACCAGAGAGAAUGUUCCUUGUUUUACUGUCUUUGUGGGGACAGAAAAACCAACCCCCACACACAGCAUAAUGUGUGUUCUGCUUAGCCUAUAGCAGGUCCUCUAACACACCUACCCCCUCUAAUGGAGGGGGACAUGUUUCAGAGAAUGAGGACAUGUCUCUUGACUGCAGUGUGUGUGAUUUGUGUGCGUGUGUGUUGGCUGGUGUAUGUAGAAACACGAGAGGAUCGCACCAAGAGGCUUUUCAGACAUUACACCGUGGGUUCCUAUGACAACUACACUUCCUACAGGUAACUUGUGUACACACGCACACGCACACACACACACAGGUAUUGUAAGUCCGCUUCUAUUGUAUCACUGAUCCUUGCCCUCUGACCUCAGUGAUUAUGUCAUCGAGGAGAAGAGUUCUGUGCUACAGAAGAGAGACAGUGAAGGAUUUGGCUUCGUCCUCCGAGGAGCUAAAGGUAAAGAGGGUUGGAAUGGAUCUAGGGUUAGGAGAAUGGAUCUAGGGUUAGGAGAAUGGAUCUAGGGUUAGGAGAAUGGAUCUAGGGUUAGGGUUAGGAGAAUGGAUCUAGGGUUAGGGUUAGGGUUAGGAGAAUGGAUCUAGGGUUAGGGUUAGGAGAAUGGAUCUAGGGUUAGGGUUAGGAGAAUGGAUCUAGGGUUAGGGUUAGGAGAAUGUAUCUAGGGUUAGGGUUAGGGUUAGGAGAAUGGAUCUAGGGUUAGGAGAAUGGAUCUAGGGUUAGGGUUAGGAGAAUGUAUCUAUAAUCCAUUUUGUGUGUGUAGCGGAGACCCCUAUAGAGGAGUUUGCUCCGACCCCAGCGUUCCCAGGGUUAGGGUUAGGAGAAUGUAUCUAUAAUCCAUGUUGUGUGUGUAGCGGAGACCCCUAUAGAGGAGUUUGCUCCGACCCCAGCGUUCCCAGGGUUAGGGUUAGGGUUAGGAGAAUGUAUCUAUAAUCCAUGUUGUGUGUGUAGCGGAGACCCCUAUAGAGGAGUUUGCUCCGACCCCAGCGUUCCCAGGGUUAGGGUUAGGAGAAUGUAUCUAUAAUCCAUGUUGUGUGUGUAGCGGAGACCCCUAUAGAGGAGUUUGCUCCGACCCCAGCGUUCCCAGCGCUGCAGUACCUGGAGUCUGUUGACCUGGAGGGCGUGGCCUGGAGGGCAGGGCUACGCACUGGGGACUUCCUCAUUGAGGUAAACACACACCAUAGAGAUGUAUAGAGAUCCCAACGUUGUAUCUGUUGUAUUAUACACACCAUAGAGAUGUAUAGAGAUCACAACGUUGUAUCUGUUGCGUUAUGGCGUCUGUGAGUGCACGACAGUGCCAUUGAGACCAUCUCCAUUUUGAAGUAGUCAAUUUUCAUGUUCUACUACUUCUAUGUUGGUAAACAAACUGAUAGGGUGCGUACUGCCCCCUGGAGGGUGUUGUCUGAACUGGUAUAAAGCCAAGGUUGGUGAUUUACUGCCCCCUGGAGGGUGUUGUCUGAACAGGUAUAAAGCCAAGGUUGGUGAUUUACUGCCCCCUGGAGGGUGUUUACAUUUACAUUUUACAUACAUUUUAGUCAUUUAGCAGACGCUCUUAUCCAGAGCGACUUACAGGAGCAAUUAGGGUUAAGUGCCUUGCUCAAGGGCACAUUAACGUCAUUUAGCAGACGCUCUUAGCCAGAGCGACUCACAAAUUGGUGCGUUCACCCUAUAGCCAGUGGGAUAACCACUUUACAAUUGGGGGGGGGGGGGGGGGGGGUAGAAGGAUUCCUUUAUCCUAUCCCAGGUAUUCCUUAAAGAGGUGGGGUUUCAAAUGUCUCCGGAAGGUGGUGAGUGACUCCGCUGUCCUGGCGUCGUGAGGGAGCUUGUUCCACCAUUGGGGUGCCAGAGCAGCGAACAGUUUUGACUGGGCUGAGCGGGAACUAUGCUUCCGCAGAGGAAGGGGAGCCAGCAGGCCAGAGGUGGAUGAGCGCAAUACUCUCGUUUGGGUGUAGGGACUGAUCAGAGCCUGAAGGUACAGAGGUGCCGUUCCCCUCACUGCUCCAUAGGCAAGCACCAUGGUCUUGUAGCGGAUGCAAGCUUCAACUGGAAGCCAGUGGAGUGUGCGGAGGAGGGGGGUGACGUGAGAGAACUUGGGAAGGUUGAACACCAGACGGGCUGCGGCAUUCUGGAUGAGUUGUAGGGGUUUAAUGGCACAGGCAGGGAGGCCAGCCAACAGCGAGUUGCAGUAGUCCAGACGGGAGAUGACAAGCGCCUGGACCAGGACCUGUGCCGCUUCCUGUGUAAGGCAGGGUCGUACUCUCCGAAUGUUGUAGAGCAUGAACCUGCAGGAGCGGGUCACCGCCUUGAUGUUGGCGGAGAACGACAGGGUGUUGUCCAGGGUCACGCCUAGGCUCUUCGCACUCUGGGAGGAGGACACAGCGGAGUUGUCAACCGUGAUGGCGAGAUCAUGGAACGGGCAGUCCUUCCCCGGGAGGAAGAGCAGCUCCGUCUUGCCAGGGUUCAGCUUGAGGUGGUGAUCCGUCAUCCAUACUGAUAUGUCUGCCAGACAUGCAGAGAUGCGAUUCGCCACCUGGUUAUCAGAAGGGGGAAAGGAGAAGAUUAGUUGUGUAUUGUCUGAACUGGUAUAAAGCCAAGGUUGGUGAUUUACCCAGUUGACUACUUCAAAAUGGUGAAAGUCCUCAUUGGAAUGCCCAUGCUAAAAUGGUGAAAGUCCUCAUUGGAAUGCCCGUGCUAAAUGGGCUUUUGGGCACUAGAGUCCUCUAUACAUGUUUAUGGCACACACACAAUUAAAUACAGACGCAAAGUACAUUCCAUAAAUACAAUGGCCAGUGGUUGAAUGGUGAAUUAACAGGUUGUGUGUGUGUGUGUGUGUGUCAGGUGAAUGGUAGUGAUGUGGUGAAGGUGGGUCACAGACAGGUGGUGUCGUUGAUCCGUCAGGGAGGAAGUCAGCUGCUGAUGAAGGUGGUUUCAGUCACACGCAAACCUGAGUCGGACUUAGUCCGUAAGAAAGGUACGGGACAAAGUGUGUGUGUGUGUUUCUGUGUGGAUUUCUGUGAUAAAGGUGAUUGGAUGGAUUUUUGUCAUGCUGUGAGUGAUUUGAUUGGCUGACAUCCCCCAACAGCACCUCCCCCGCCUAAGAGAGCACCCAGCACGUCGCUCACACUGCGCUCCAAAUCCAUGACUGCUGAACUGGAAGAGAUAGGUAGGAGAGAGACACACACACACACACACACACACACACACACACACACACACACACACACACACACACACACACACACACACACACACACACACACACACACACACACACACACACACACAGACACACACACACACACACACACACACACACACACACACACAGACACACACAGACACACACACACACACACACACACACACACACACACACACACACACACAAACACACACACACACACACAGUGUGAGUAACCUGAUCUGUACUUUCUCCUGUAAGCCUCUGCCAGGAGGAGACGAGGGGGUGAGUGUGUGUUGGAAUUGUAUCAUGUGAUCUGUUGUUGUGCUGCAUAUGAUACAGUGAGGGAAAAAAGUAUUUGAUCCCCUGCUGAUUUUGUACGUUUGCCCACUGACAAAGACAUGAUCAGGCUAUCCAGGCUCUGUCGUAGCCGGCCGCGACCGGGAGACCCAUGGGGCGGCGCACAAUUGUGUCGUUCAGGGUAGGGGAGGGAAUGGCUGGCAGGGAUGUAGCUCAGUUGGUAGAGCAUGGCGUUUGCAACGCCAGGGUUGUGGGUUCAUUUCCCACGGGGGGCCAGCAUGAAAAAUAAACAAAAUAAUGUAUGCACUCACUAACUGUAAGUCGCUCUGGAUAAGAGCGUCUGCUAAAUGACUAAAAUGUUAAAAUGUUGUCACCUUCUCACCAAGCUGCUUGGCGAUGGUCUUGUAGCCCAUUCCAGCCUUGUGUAGGUCUACAAUCUUGUCCCUGACAUCCUUGGAGAGCUCUUUGGUCUUGGCCAUGGUGGAGAGAAUCUGAUUGAUUGAUUGCUUCUGUGGACAGGUGUCUUUUAUACAGGUAACAAACUGAGAUUAGGAGCACUCCCUUUAAGAGUGUGCUCCUAAUCUCAGCUCGUUACCUGUAUAAAAGACACCUGGGAGCCAGAAAUCUUUCUGAUUGAGAGGGGGUCAAAUACUUAUUUCCCUCAUUAAAAUGCAAAUCAAUUUAUAACAUUUUUGACAUGCGUUUUUCUGGAUGUUGAUGUUGUUAUUCUGUCUCUCACUGUUCAAAUUAACCUACCAUUAAAAUUAUAGCCUGACCAUUUCUUUGUCAGUGAGCAAACGUACAAAAUCAGCAGGGGAUCAAAUACUUUUUCCCCUCACUGUAUUUAAUAAGAUCCACUUUUUAAUAAGGUUGUGUAGUGUUGAGUUCUGUGUUGGAUAGUACUGUGUUGUAGUGCUAUGUAGUACUGUGUUGGGUAGUACUGUGUUGUACUGUGUUGUAGUGCUAUGUAGUAGUGUUAUGUUGUACUGUGUUGUAGUGCUAUGUAGUACUGUGUUGUAGUGCUAUGUAGUAUUGUGUUGGGUAGUACUGUGUUGUAGUGCUAUGUAGUAGUGUUAUGUUGUAGUGCUAUGUUGUACUGUGUUGUAGUGCUAUGUAGUACUGUGCUGUACUGUGUUGUGCUAUGUAGUACUGUGUUGCAGUUCUGUGUAGUACUAUCUUGUACUGUGUAGUGCUAUGUAGUACUGUGUUGUAGUGCCAUUUAGUACUCUGUUGUACUGUGUUGUAGUGCCAUUUAGAACUCUGUUGUACUGUGUUGUAGUGCCAUUUAGUACUCUGUUGUACUGUGUUGUAGUGCUAUGUAGUAUUUAGUACUCUGUUGUACUGUGUUGUAGUGCUAUGUAGUACUGUGUUUUACAGUGUAGUGCUAUGUAGUACUGUGUUGUAGUGUGUAGUGCUGUGUAGUACUUUGUAGUACUGUGUAGUGCUAUGUAGUACUGGGUUGUAUUACUAUGUAGUACUGUGUUGUACUGUUUUGUGUUAUGUAGUACUGUGUUGUAGUGUGUAGUGCUGUGUAGUGCUGUGUAGUACUUUGUAGUACUGUGUAGUGCUAUGUAGUACUGUGUUGUAUUACUACGUAGUACUGUGUUGUACUGUUUUGUGCUAUGUAGUACUGUGUUGUAGUGUGUAGUGCUGUGUAGUGCUGUGUAGUACUUUGUAGUACUGUGUAGUGCUAUGUAGUACUGGGUUGUAUUACUAUGUAGUACUGUGUUGUACUGUUUUGUGCUAUGUAGUACUGUGUUGUAGUGUGUAGUGCUGUGUAGUGCUGUGUAGCGCUCUGUUGUACUGUGUAGUGCUGUGUAGUGCUAUGUAGCGCUCUGCUGUACUGUGUAGGGCUAUGUAGCACUCUGUUGUACUGUGUAGUACUCUGUUGUACUGUUUUGUGCUAUGUAGUACUGUGUUGUACUGUGUAGUGCUAUGUAGCGCUCUGUUGUACUGUGUAGUGCUGUGUUGUACUGUUUUGUGCUAUGUAGUACUGUGUUGUACUGUGUAGUGCUAUGUAGCGCUCUGUUGUACUGUGUAGUACUGUGUUGUACUGUGUAGUGCUGUGUAGUGCUAUGUAGCGCUCUGUUGUACUGUGUAGUACUGUGUAGUACUGUGUUGUACUGUGUAGUGCUAUGUAGCGCUCUGUUGUACUGUGUAGUACUGUGUUGUACUGUGUAGUGCUGUGUAGUGCUAUGUAGCGCUCUGUUGUACUGUGUAGUACUGUGUUGUACUGUGUUGUACUGUGUAGUGCUAUGUAGCGCUCUGUUGUACUGUGUAGUACUGUGUUGUACUGUGUAGUGCUGUGUAGUGCUAUGUAGCGCUCUGUUGUACUGUGUUGUACUGUGUAGUGCUGUGUAGUGCUCUGUUGUACUGUGUAGUGCUAUGUAGCGCUCUGUUGUACUGUGUAGUACUGUGUUGUACUGUGUUGUACUGUGUAGUGCUAUGUAGCGCUCUGUUGUACUGUGUAGUACUUGUGUUGUACUGUGUAGUGCUGUGUAGUGCUGUGUAGUACUGUGUUGUACUGUGUAGUGCUAUGUAGUGCUAUGUAGCGCUCUGUUGUACUGUGUAGUGCUGUGUAGUACUGUGUAGUGCUAUGUAGUGCUAUGUAGCGCUCUGUUGUACUGUGUAGUACUGUGUAGUACUGUGUAGUGCUAUGUAGCGCUCUGUUGUACUGUGUAGUGCUGUGUAGUGCUCUGUUGUACUGUGUAGUACUGUGUAGCGCUCUGUUGUACUGUGUAGUACUGUGUAGCGCUCUGUUGUACUGUGUAGUGCUGUGUAGCGCUCUGUUGUACUGUGUAGUGCUAUGUAGUGCUAUGUAGCGCUCUGUUGUACUGUGUAGUGCUGUGUAGCGCUGUGUAGUGCUCUGUUGUACUGUGUAGUGCUGUGUAGUGCUGUGUAGUGCUGUGUAGCGCUCUGUUGUACUGUGUAGUGCUGGGUUGUAUUACUGUGUAGUGCUGUGUAGCGCUCUGUUGUACUGUGUAGUGCUGUGUAGUACUGUGUUGUACUGUGUUGUACUGUGUAGUGCUGUGUAGUACUGUGUAGUACUGUGUAGUGCUGUGUAGCGCUAUGUAGCGCUCUGUAGUACUCUGUUGUACUGUGUUGUACUGUGUAGUGCUAUGUAGCGCUCUACUGUGUACUUUGUUGCAUUUCAGAAAAGCUUGAGGAGAUGCUGACUGGCUCCCAGGAGGUGGUGAUGAGAAAACGCCCCUCGGAGGCGGACUACAGAACGGCCACCGUGAAGCAGCGGCCAACCAGCAGACGAAUUACUCAGCAAGAGAUCAAUGUAAGUCUGAUGAGUCACGAUUCACUACCCAUUCACUCAAUCACGAUUCAUUACUGAUUCACUUAGUCAUGAUUCACUACUGGUUCAGUCAGUCACAAUUCACUCUGUCACGAUUCACUACUGAUUCACUCAGUCAUGAUUUACUACUGAUUCACUCAGUCAUGAUUUACUACUGAUUCACUCAGUCAUGAUUUACUACUGAUUCACUCAGUCAUGAUUUACUACUGAUUCACUCAGUCACGAUUUACUACUGAUUCACUCAGUCAAGAUAUACUACUGAGUCACUCAAUCAUGAUUUACUACUGAUUCACGAUAUACUACUGAUUCACUCAGUUACAAUUCACUACUGAUUCACUCAGUCACAAUUCACUACUGAUUCACUCAGUCACGUUUCACUACUGAUUCAGACAGGUGCUGUCUCUUUAAAACGCAUGUGAUCCCAGGCAUACUCUCACUGUGUGUGUGUGUGUGUGUGUGUGUGUGUGUGUGUGUGUGUGUGUGUGUGUGUGUGUGUGUGUGUGUGUCUGUGUGUGUGUCAGUCUUUGUUUGAGCGGCAGGGCAUGCCUGUUCCUCCAGGUGUUUCCCUGGGUCUGGAGAAAGCCACCAUGCAGCUGCCCCGAGGAAUGUCCCGGACCAAGUCCUUCGGUGAGACAAUUACAUUACUCUAACACAAUACUAGCAAUUACCAUAAUCCAGUGGCGAACCAUGGCUAUUGGACCUAGGCGUUCAAUGGGGGAAAAAAGUAUUCCAACACAUUGUCCCAAACUCUAAAAUCCAGGAAAAACAAACAUAGCAUCACUUAAUGAAUAAGCAGAUGGCCUGACCGUUAAACCGACAGAGAAGCAGAAGGCCUGACUGAUAAGCCGACAGAGAAGCAGACCACCUGACUGAUAAGCCGACAGAGAAGCAGACCACCUGACUGAUAAGCCGACAGAGAAGCAGAGCGCCUGACCGUUAAGCCGACAGAGAAGCAGACGGCCUGACCGAUAAGCCGACAGAGAAGCAGCACAUAUCUAGCAUGGCUCUUCACUGUUUAACCACCACAUAUCUAGCAGGGCUCUUCACUGUUUAACCACCACAUAUCUAGCAGGGCUCUUCACUGUUUAACCACCACAUAUCUAGCAGGGCUCUUCACUGUUUAACCACCACAUAUCUAGCAGGGCUCUUCACUGUUUAACCACCACAUAUCUAGCAGGGCUCUUCACUGUUUAACCACCACAUAUCUAGCAGGGCUCUUCACUGUUUAACCACCACAUAUCUAGCAGGGCUCUUCACUGUUUAACCACCACAUAUCUAGCAGGGCUCUUCACUGUUUAACCACCACAUAUCUAGCAGGGCUCUUCACUGUUUAACCACCACAUAUCUAGCAGGGCUCUUCACUGUUUAACCACCACAUAUCUAGCAGGGCUCUUCACUGUUUAACCACCACAUAUCUAGCAGGGCUCUUCACUGUUUAACCACCACAUAUCUAGCAGGGCUCUUCACUGUUUAACCACCACAUAUCUAGCAGGGCUCUUCACUGUUUAACCACCACAUAUCUAGCAGGGCAGUAACCCCUGUCCUGUUAGCUCUUCCAUACAUAACCCCUGUCCUGUUAGCUCUUUCAUACAUAACCCCUGUCCUGUUAGCUACCUAUUUCAUACAUAACCCCUGUCCUGUUAGCUACCUAUUUCAUACAUAACCACUGUCCUGUUAGAUACCUAUUUCAUACAUAACCCCUGUCCUGUUAGCUACCUAUUUCAUACAUAACCCCUGUCCUGUUAGCUACCUAUUUCAUACAUAACCCCUGUCCUGUUAGCUACCUAUUUCAUACAUAACCCCUGUCCUGUUAGAUACCUAUAUAGUUCAGGAGUAAAAAUGGGCUUAACAAGUUGCAUAAAAUGUCACACUUCUGCGUUGUCAUGCUGCUGUGCUGUUUGUUGCCACUGGGCUUUGUCGCCUGCCAAACUUUUCGUUUUUUACAUUUAAUAACCGUUUAAUCAAAUCUCUGCAUUCAACACAUCUUAGUUUUUUCCUCGCUCAACUUUUUUCAUUCAACUUUUCCAUGGGCAGAAUUACAGAUUUUUCCACCUUGCCAGCUCUGGGAUUCAAACCAGCGACCUCUCGGUUACUGGCUCAAUGCUCUUAACCUCUAGGACACUUCAAAACCUUAUUUAUUAUGAUUUAUUUAACCCUAACCCCCCCCCCCCCCCCCCCCCAAGUCUUAGACUUGUUAUAUUAAGGUUAUAAUAUCCCAGUCUCUCCCAUGCAGGUGCACCAGAGGACGACAGGAUCUCUGCUCUGAUUGGAGAGCAUCGGUUUCCACGGAGCUCCUCGAUGACUGAUAGCUUCAUACCUCCUCCUCCCCAGACUGCCCCCCCUCCUCCCCCCUCCCACUACUUCCUGGACUCUGGCCCGCCGCCGGCCUUCUGCCCCCCACCUCCCCCGCAGCGAGCAGCCGAUCAAUCACACUCCAGCUUCAAGCCGGGGGCAGAACCCAGGCUGCACGACAUCUGUGAUUCGCCAACGUCUCGGAGCCAUGCAGAGCGGCAGAGGAAAGCUCGCUCAAUGAUCAUCCUGCAGGACUCACCUGUACCAGGCCAUCUACCUGCAGAGCCUGCCCCCCUGGCCCCCCUAGCCCGACCUCCUGCUGGGGCUACAGCCCCCCUGUCCCGGCCCAGCCCUGCUGCCUCCCCCAGCCCCCUCUCCAGAACCAGCCCUGCCCCCAGCCCCAGCCCCCUCUCCAGAACCAGCCCUGCCCCCAGCCCCAGCCCCCUCUCCAGAACCAGCCCUGCCCCCAGCCCUAACCCUCCAGGGGAGCGCAGCGGCAACAGGAGGCGUGGCCGGCCAGUAGAGAACCCAUAUGCCAACGUGGGCCAACUGCCUGCCCCCCCCCAGCAAGCCUCAGCGCCGCAAGUCUCCGCUGCUCAAACAGCUGCAGGUGGAGGAGGGGCCCAGCAGGGCGGAGCUAUAUCAGCAGCAGGUCCUCACUGAGCGUGCUCAGAUACGGGUCAUGCCCCCUCAGGUCCGUCGGUCCUCCUUCUUCCUGUCUGUGGAGGGAGGGGCUUCAGAGCCCCCCCCCAUCCUACUGACCCAGUCCCACUCUGUAGAUGACCUGGGGGAGCUGCCCCCCCCCCAUCCCCGUCCUCUCCCCCUCCUCCUCCCCCCACUCCACUUUUCUCCACCCACUGACAGGCAAGCCUCUGGACCCCUCCUCCCCCCUCGCCCUGGCCCUCGCCGCCCGUGAACGAGCUCUCACUGCACGCACACCCAGCCCUGAACCUCGGCCCAAACACACACACACACCUAGUCCCGAAGCCAGACCCAAACACACACACUCACCUAGCCCUGAGCCCAGGCCCAAACACACCCCUCCUCCCUUGACCAGCCCUGAGCCCCGACACAAACGUAUCACCCCACCCAUAUUCCUUGAAGGACAGCUGGAGCGGCCAGUCGUAGAGCGGCCAGAGACAGAAGGCGGAGUCACAUCUCCUGCUGUGCCCUCCCCCGAGCGUUGGCAGGCUAUGCCCCUCCCUCCCAUCAGUCAGGUGACCAUCAAUAUAACCAAUGACAGCCAGCCGGCAGGACGGGGUCUGGGGGAAGAGCUGAUUGAGGCGCUGCAUGGACAAUUACAAAGGAGGAGGAGUCUGACUGUUGGCAGCUCAGAGGAGGAGGGCGGACCUUAUAUGGUGACCCAGGGCCAAUCAGAGAGGAGGAAGAGUCUGGAGGGCGGGCCUUACACGGUGACUCUGCCCCCUGCACUGCUGUCAUCCAGUGACGAGGAGACGAGGGAGGAGCUUCGUAAGAUUGGACUGGUGUCUCCUCCCCUGGCGUUUGCCACGCCCCCCUCCCCCACCCAGCCCCCCUCCUCCCUCAGCCUGUCACCACGGAGACCCCAGGCAGGCGAGGGCGAGGGCGGGGGAGGGGGAGGGGGGGGGUCAGCUCCAGACUCAGGGGUGGAGGAGGGAGACCCUCACAUAGAGAACACCUUAUCCCUUAGCAGCACCCUGGCCCCCAGCCUGCCCCCCACCCUGCCCUGCCCUGCCACGCCGAAAACCCUGCCCUCCUCCACCUCAGACCCCCAGAGCCUGAAGCCCAGGCUGCGUUCUCCCCUGGGCCGUGGUCGCUCUGCUCUCAGGGAUCCUCUACUGAAACAGUCUUCAGACAGCGAGCUGCUUCCAUCAGGCUGUGGACCUGGACGCCCACCUCCAUACCUCUUCCAGGUAACCCUGACCCUAACCCAGACCCACCCUGAUACCUCUUCCAGGUAACCCUGACCCACCCUGGUACCUCUUCCAGAUAACUGACCCCGACAUUUAUGUUUUACAUUUUAGUUAUUUAGCAGACGCUCUUAUCCAGAGCGACUUACAGUUAGUGCAUUAAUCUUAAGAUAGCUAGGUGGAACAACCACAUUUCACAGUAGGAUUUCAGGUGCUUUCGGAUGAUGGGCAGGGACUCUGCUGUCCUAGCUUCAGGGGGAAGCUGGUUCCACCAUUGGGGUGCCAGGACAGAGCAUAGCUAGGACUGGGCUGAGUGGGAGCUGCCCUCCCCUAGGGGUGGGAGGGCCAAGAGACCAGAGGUGGCAGAACGGAGUGCUCAGGUUGGGGUGUAGGGUUGGAGCAUAGCCUGGAGAUAGGGCGGGGCAGUUCCUCUUGCUGCUCCGUAGGCAAGCAGCAUGGUCUUGCAGUGGAUGCGAGCUUCGACUGGAAGCCAGUGGAGUAUGCAGUGGAGCGGUGACAUGGGAGAACAUGUCACCCCGCUGCAGCAUUCUGGGAGAACAUGUCACCCCGCUGCAGCAUUCUGGGAGAACAUGUCACCCCACUGCAUCAUUCUGGAUAAGUUGCAGGGGUUUGAUGGCACAAGCGGGGAGCCCAGCCAAAAGCGAAUUGCAGUAGUCCAGAUGGGAGAUGACAAAUGCCUGGAUUAGGACCUGUGUGAGGUAGGGUCGUACUCUACGCAUGUUGUAGAGCUUGAAUCUGCAGGAGUGAGUCACUGCUUUGAUGUUUGCAGAGAACGACAGGGUGUUGUCCAGGGUCACGCCAAGGUUCUUUGCACUCUGGGAGGGUGACACUGUGGCGUUGUCACCCGUGAUGGUGAGGUCUUUGAGCGGGAAGGCCUUCCCUGGGAGGAAUAGCAGCUCUGUCUUGUUGAGCUUGAGGUGGUGGACCGAAAUCCAAGCUGAGGAGGGAAGGAAAAAAGUAGUUGAGUGUCAUUCACAUAGCAAUGAUAGGAGAGACCAUGUGAGGUUAUGACGAAGCCGAGUGACUUGGUGUAUAGAGAGAAGAGGAGAGGGUAUAGAACCUAGCCCUGGGGGACACCAGUAGUGAGAGUACGUGGUGCAGACACAGAUCCUCUCCACGUCACCUGAUAGGAGCGGCCUGCCAGGUAGGAUGCAAUCCAAGAGUGUGCAGAGCCUGAGACGCCCAGCCCUGGGGUGGAGAGGAGGAUCUGAUGGUUCACGGUGUCGAAGGCAGCGACUAGAUCUAAGAGGAUGAGAACGGAGGAUAGAGAGUCAGCUUUGAUAGUGCGGAGAUCCUCCAAGACACAGAAAAGAACAGUCUCGGUUGAGUGAUCCGUCUUGAAGCCUGACUGGUUAGGGUCAAGAUGAUCAUUCUGAGAGAGAUAAUGAGAGAGUUGAUCAGAGACAGCAUGCUCAUGUGUUUUGGAAAGAAAAGAAAGAAGGGAUACAGGUCUAUCGUUUUUGACGUCAGAUGAGUCAAGUGUUUGUUUCUUUAGGAGGGGAGUGACUAGAGCCAUUUUUAAGUCAGAGGGGGGAAGGUGGUCAAGGAUGAGGGAAGUGAUGAAUGGGAGAAGGUCUCCAGAGAUGGUCUGGAGAAGGGAGGAAGGGAUGGGGUUGAACGGGCAGAUUGUCGGGCGGCCAGACGUCACUAGUCACAGGAUGUCAUCUGGAGAGAGAGGGGAGAAAGAGGUCAUGGCGUAGGGUAGUUCUGUGUGAGUGGGACCAGAGAACUCAAUAGGCUGAGUGAAUGAGGAACAGAUGUCGUCAACCUUCUUUCAAAGGGGUUGACAAAGUUGUCCGCAGAGAGGGAGGAGGGAGGGGGAGGGGUUAGAAGAUUAAGGAGGGAGGAGGUGGAAAAUAGUUUCCUAGGGCUAGAGGCAUACGUUUGAAAUGUAGAAUGGUAGAAAAUGGCUUUAGCAGCAGAUACAGAGGAAGAGAAGGUAGAGAGGAGGGAGUGGAAGGAUGGCUUUAGCAGCAGAUACAGAGGAAGAGAAGGUAGAGAGGAGGGAGUGGAAUGAUGGCUUUAGCAGCAGAUACAGAGGAAGAGAAGGUAGAGAGGAGGGAGUGGAAGGAUGGCUUUAGCAGCAGAUACAGAGGAAGAGAAGGUAGAGAGGAGGGAGUGGAAGGAUGGCUUUAGCAGCAGAUACAGAGGAAGAGAAGGUAGAGAGGAGGGAGUGGAAGGAUGGCUUUAGCAGCAGAUACAGAGGAAGAGAAGGUAGAGAGGAGGGAGUGGAAUGAUGGCUUUAGCAGCAGAUACAGAGGAAGAGAAGGUAGAGAGGAGGGAGUGGAAGGAUGUUUAGUUUUCCUCCAUUUUCACUCCGCUGCCUGCAGGCCUGUUCUGUACAUUCAGUCAGUCAGCCACGGAGCAGGAGGGGAGGGCCGAGCCAGCUUGAGGAAAGAGGAAAUUGUGAGUCAUAGCAUGUGGAAAGGGAGGAUAGUAGGGUCGAAGAGACAGAGUUAGGAGACAGGAUGGAGAAGGAUUUAUCAGAAGGGAGAGAUGAUAGGAUAGGAUAGGAUAGAAGAGGAGAGAGUAGUGGGAGAGAGAGAGUGAAGAUUGCGACGUUGCAUGACCAUCUGGGUAGGGGGAAAGGGAGACAGAAAUGGAAACAAAGUAGUGAUCACAGCCUGUAGUAAAGAUGAGGUCAAUCGUAUUGCCUGCCUUGCGAGUUGGAGAGGAUUGGGAAAGGGUGAGGUCAAAAGUGGCAAGGAGGGAAAAGAGAGAGUAGGAAAAAAAUUAAUCGAAGGCAGACAUCAGGAGGUUAAAGUUGCCAAGUACGAAGAGCAGUGAGCCAUCAUCAGGAAAUGAGCUUAUCAAGGUGUCAAGCUAAUUGAGGAACUCUCCAAGGGCACCUGGUGGGCAAUAGAUGAAAUUAAUGUUAAGCUUGAGUGGACAAGAGACAAUGACAGCAUGGAAUUCAAAUGAGGAGAUGGACAGGUGAGAGAGGGAGAAAAGAGAAUCUCCAGUUAGGAGAAACGAGUAGCCACGUGCCACUAUGGUGACGACCAGACCCUGAUACCUCUCUUCCAGGUAAUACUGACCCACCCUGAUACCCCUUCCAGGUAACCCUGAACCACCCUGAUACCUCUUCCAAGUAACCCGAACCCACCUCGAUACCUCUUCCAGGUAACCCUGACCCUAACCUUUCUGGCUCUUGUGCCAGAAAGCCUGUUUUAAUAUGUGCAGCGGCAUUGAGGGCUUCCACCAUUUUUAAGUAUUUUUAUUUUGUAUUUAUUAAGGAUCCCCAGUAGAGGCAGCAGCUACUCUUCCUGGGGUCCAGCAACAUUAUGGCAGUUAUAUACAAUAAAAAAUAUUACAUGACAUUACAUUUCAUAACACUUUUCACAACACAUUAUUAAGUGUGUGCUCUUAGGCCACUACUCUACUACCACAUUUCUACAAUACAAAAUCCAUGUGUACAGUGGGGGAAAAAAGUAUUUAGUCAAAUCAAAUCAAAUCAAAUCAAAUUUUAUUGGUCACAUGCGCCGAAUACAACAGGUGCAGACAUUACAGUGAAAUGCUUACUUACAGCCCUUAACCAACAGUGCAUUUAUUUUAAACAAAAAAGUAAGAAUAAAACAACAACAAAAAAGUGUUGAGAAAAAAAGAGCAGAAGUAAAAUAAAGUGACAGUAGGGAGGCUAUAUAUACAGUAAAAUAAAGUGACAGUAGGGAGGCUAUAUAUACAGGGGGGUACCGUUGCAUAGUCAAUGUGCGGGGGCACCGGCUAGUUGAGGUAGUUGAGGUAAUAUGUACAUGUGGGUAGAGUUAAAGUGACUAUGCAUAAAUACUUAACAGAGUAGCAGCAGCGUAAAAAGGAUGGGGUGGGGGGGCAGUGCAAAUAGUCCGGGUAGCCAUGAUUAGCUGUUCAGGAGUCUUAUGGCUUGGGGGUAGAAGCUGUUGAGAAGUCUUUUGGACCUAGACUUGGCACUCCGGUACCGCUUGCCGUGCGGUAGCAGAGAGAACAGUCUAUGACUAGGGUGGCUGGAGUCUUUGACAAUUUUGAGGGCCUUCCUCUGACACCGCCUGGUAUAGAGGUCCUGGAUGGCAGGGAGCUUUGCCCCAGUGAUGUACUGGGCCGUACGCACUACCCUCUGUAGUGCCUUGCGGUCAGAGGCCAAGCAGUUGCCAUACCAGGCGGUGAUGCAACCAGUCAGGAUGCUCUCGAUGGUGCAGCUGUAGAAUUUUUUGAGGAUCUGAGGACCCAUGCCAAAUCUUUUUAGUCUCCUGAGGGGGAAUAGGCUUUGUCGUGCCCUCUUCACGACUGUCUUGGUGUGUUUGGACCAUGAUAGUUCGUUGGUGAUGUGGACACCAAGGAACUUGAAGCUCUCAACCUGUUCCACUACAGCCCCGUCGAUGAGAAUGGGGGCGUGCUCAGUCCUCUUUUUUUUCCUGUAGUCCACAAUCAUCUCCUUUGUCUUGGUCACGUUGAGGGAGAGGUUGUUGUCCUGGCACCACACGGCCACGAGUUGUGCAAGUUCUCCCACUUAAAAAGAUGAGAGAGGCCUGUAAUUUUCAUCAUAGGUACACGUCAACUAUGACAGACAAAUUGAGAAAUAAAAUUCCAGAAAAUCACAUUGUAGGAUUUUUAAUGAAUUUAUUUGCAAAUUAUGGUGGAAAAUAAGUAUUUGGUCACCUACAAACAAGCAAGAUUUCUGGCUCUCACAGACCUGUAACUUCUUCUUUAAGAGGCUCCUCUGUCCUCCACUCGUUACCUGUAUUAAUGGCACCUGUUUGAACUUGUUAUCAGUAUAAAAGACACCUGUCCACAACCUCAAACAGUCACACUCCAAACUCCACUAUGGCCAAGACCAAAGAGCUGUCAAAGGACACCAGAAACAAAAUUGUAGACCUGCACCAGGCUGGGAAGACUGAAUCUGCAAUAGGUAAGCAGCUUGGUUUGAUGAAAUCAACUGUGGGAGCAAUUAUUAGGAAAUGGAAGACAUACAAGACCACUGAUAAUCUCCCUCGAUCUGGGGCUCCACGCAAGAUCUCACCCCGUGGGGUCAAAAUGAUCAAAAGAACGGUGAGCAAAAAUCCCAGAACCACACGGGGGGACCUAGUGAAUUACCUGCAGAGAGAUGGGACCAAAGUAACAAAGCCUACCAUCAGUAACACACUACGCCGCCAGGGACUCAAAUCCUGCAGUGCCAGACGUGUCCCCCUGCUUAAGCCAGUACAUGUCCAGGCCCAUCUGAAGUUUGCUAGAGUGCAUUUGGAUGAUCCAGAAGAGGAUUGGGAGAAUGUCAUAUGGUCAGAUGAAACCAAAAUAGAACUUUUUGGUGAAAACUCAACUCGUCGUGUUUGGAGGACAAAGAAUGCUGAGUUGCAUCCAAAGAACACCAUACCUACUGUGAAGCAUGGGGGUGGAAACAUCAUGCUUUGGGGCUGUUUUUCUGCAAAGGGACGACUGAUCCGUGUAAAGGAAAGAAUGAAUGGGGCCAUGUAUUGUGAGAUUUUGAGUGAAAACCUCCUUCCAUCAGCAAGGGCAUUGAAGAUGAAACGUGGCUGGGUCUUUCAGCAUGACAAUGAUCCCAAACACACCGCCCAGGCAACGAAGGAUUGGCUUCGUAAGAAGCAUUUCAAGGUCCUGGAGUGGCCUAGCCAGUCUCCAGAUCUCAACCCCAUAGAAAAUCUUUGGAGGGAGUUGAAAGUCUGUGUUGCCCAGCGACAGCCCCAAAACAUCACUGCUCUAGAGGAGAUCUGCAUGGAGGAAUGGGCCAAAAUACCAGCAAUAGUGUGUGAAAAUCUUGUGAAGACUUAGAGAAAACGUUUGACCUGUGUCAUUGCCAACAAAGGGUAUAACAAAGUAUUGAGAAACUUUUGUUAUUGACCAAAUACUUAUUUUCCACCAUAAUUUGCAAAUAAAUUCAUUAAAAAUCCUACAAUGUGAUUUUCUGGAUUUUUUUUCUUCUCAUUUUGUCUGUCAAAGUUGACGUGUACCUAUGAUGAAAAUUACAGACCUCUCUCAUCUUUUUAAGUGGGAGAACUUGCACAAUUGGUGGCUGACUAAAUACUUUUUUCCCCCACUGUACGUAGACACGCUGGCUCUACUCAAAGACAGUGAGUGGCAUGUCAUUAGUAAAUUAGAAAAAAGUAAGGGGCCUAGACAGCUGUCCUGGGGAAUUCCUGAUUCUACCUGGAUUAUGUUGGAGAGGCUUCCAUUAAAGAACACCCUCUGUGUUCUGUUAGACAGGUAACUCUUUAUCCACAAUAUAGCAGGGCGUGUAAAGCCAGAACACAUUAGUUUUUCCAGCAGCAGACUGUAAUUGAUAAUGUCAAAAGCUGCACUGAAGUCUAACAAAACAGCUCCCACAAUCUUUUUAUCAUCAAUUUCUCUCAGCCAAUCAUCAGUCAUUUGUGUAAGUGCCAUGCAUGUUGAUUAUCCUUCCCUAUAAGCUUGCUAAAAGUCUUGUCUAUUUGUUUACUGUAAAAUAGCAUUGUAUCUGGUCAAACACAUUUUCUUCCCAAAGUUUACUACGGGUUGGUGACAGGCUGAUUAGUUGGCUAUUUGAGCCAGUAAAGGGGGCUUUACUAUUCUUGGGUAGCGGAAUGACACUUGCCUCCCUCCAGGCCUGAGGGCACGCUUUCUUGUAGGCUUAGAUUGAGGAGUGGCAAUAUUGUCCUCUAUUAUCCUCAGUAAUUUCCCAUCCAAGUUGUCAGAGCAAGGUGGCUUGUCAUUGUUGAUAGACAACAACAAAAAAUGUCACCUCUUCCAUGCUCACUUUACCGAAUUCAAAAUUACAAUGCUUGUCUUUCAUAAUUUGGUCAGAAAUACUUGUAUGUGUAGUGUUUGCAUUUGUGGCAGGCAUGUCAUGCCUAAGUUUUCUAAUCUUGCCAAUGAAAAAAUCAUUAAAGUAGUUGGCAAUAUCAGUGGGUUUUGUGAUGAAUGAGCCAUCUGAUUAAUGAAUGAAGGAGCCGAGUUUGCCUUUUUGCCCAACAUUUAAUUUAAGUUGCUCCAAAGCUUUUUACUAACAUUAUUUUUCAUUUAUCUUUGUUUCAUAGUAUAGUUUCUUCUUCUUUUAAUUCAGUUUAGUCACAUGAUUUGUCAAUUUGCAGUACGUUUGCCAAGCGGUUGUAAAGCCAGACUUAUUUGCCAUUCCUUUUGCCUCAUCCCUCUCAACCAUACAUUUUUUCAGUUCCUCAUCAAUCCAUGGGGAUUUAAGUUUUUACAGUCAUUUUCUUAAUGGGUGCAUGCUUAUUAGUAACUUGAAUAAGCUAUUUCAUAAAUGUGUCAAGUGCAGCGUCUGUUUGCUCCUCAUUACACACCACGGACCAACAAAUAUUCUUUACAUAAAUAAACAUAGGAAUCACUACAAAACGUAUUGUAUGACCUCUUAUAAACUAUAUUAGGCCCAGCCUUUGGAACUUUGGUUUUCCUGGAUAUGGCUACUGUAUUGUGAUCACUACAUCCAAUGGAUCUGGAUACUGCUUUCAAGCACAUUUCUGCAGCAUUAGUAAAGAUGUGAUCAAUACAUGUUGAUGAUUUCAUUCCUGUUCAGGUUGUAAAUACCCUGGUAGGUUGACUGAUAAUCUGAACCAGGUUGCAGGCACUGGUUACAGUUUGAACCUUUUUCUUGAGUGGGCAGCUUGAGGAAAGCCAGUCAAUAUUUAGGUCACCCAGACAAUAUACAGCUCUAUUGAUAUCACAUACAUUAUCAAGCAUUUCACACGUUAUCCAGAUACUGACUGUUAGCACUUGGUGGUCUAUAGCAGCUUCCCACCAGAAUGGGCUUUAGGUGAGGCAGGUGAACCUGUAGCCAUAUUACUUCAACAGUAUUUAACAAGAGAUCCUCUCUAAGCUUUACAGGAAUUUGGCUCUGAAUGUAGACAGCAACACUGCCCCCAUUGGCAUUUCCUUCUUUUCUGUAGAUGUUAUAACCAUGUACUGCUACCACUGUAUCAUCAGAGGUAUUAUCUAAGUGAGUUUCAGAGAUAGUUAGAAUAUUAAUGUAAUCUGUUACUAGCAAGUUAUUGAUUUCAUGAACCUUGUUUCUUAGGCUACAUAUGUUAAUGUGGCUAUUUAUAGCACUUUUCUGGGAUGCUUGAUUGUUUUUCUUGCUUUACUGGGAAGCUUAGCAGAGGUAGACAUACUCAGAUGAUUUAUGUUAGUGCAGGGUGAGCUGCACACAGUGGACUUCCUACUAGGGCACACCACCUCAGUGCUAACAGUAUAACUGGUUAAUAGUCAUAUGAUUACUGCAUACAAUAGCUGUAGGAUCAGCAGAGGCAUUCAGGGCAGUUAGAGGGACAUCAAUUAGGUUACUUACAUUGUGUCUUCCAACGCCCCUAGGAUAAUGUACAUUUGCUGCAGCAUUACGACAACUCAGCAACACAAUGGUAGGGAUUAUCUGAGCUGGGCUUGGGUCAUUGAUAAGUCAUUGUCUCAAUGCAGCUUUGAAAUGCGUGUACAGAGUCCAGGAGCCAAGAUGGUUUGGAUGGACUCCGUCAUUCCUGUGGAGCAUCUUCUGUUUCCAGAAGGUGUCAAAGUUAUCUAUGAAAGUUAUUACAACAGAGCUACAGUAAUAUUUUAGCCAGGUGUGUAAUGCCAGUAGCCUGCUGAAUCUUUCACACCCACGGCCCAACAAUGGUAGUCAACUGGGUGGGGCUAUGGAUUAAGGACAGAUCACAGAAUUCCAUCUAAGUCAGCAGGAGGGGUCAGCCAAUGAAUUAUACUGCUGAGAAAACAUUCCUUAACUGCAGGUGGCAGUAAAAUCACCAACCUUGGCUUUAUACCUGUUCAGACAACACCCUCCAGGGGGCAGUAAAUCACCAACCUUGGCUUUAUACCUGUUCAGACAACACCCUCCAGGGGGCAGUAAAUCACCAACCUUGGCUUUAUACCUGUUCAGAUUACACCCUCCAGGGGGCAGUAAAUCACCAACCUUGGCUUUAUACCACUCCAGCACAGUAGGUGGUAUGCAACUGUUCAGUUUGUUUAUGAACUGCCAAUACUCUCCUAGAAGUAGAAGAAGAAAUUGACUACCUUGAAAUGGAGAGAGCCCUCAAAGGCGCUGCCCAUGCUGUCACAGAAGAGGCCAGUGUAUGGAUAGGAGAUGGGCACUAGUGUCUUUAUGUCCUAACCCCAUUUCCUACUAUAUUAUCCAGUAGCAUACUCCUUUAAUAUGGUGCACUGCUACUACUACAAAUGGCACAUUUUCACUGUUCAUAGAUUUCAGUCACAUGACUUUGAUCUUUCUUUCCAGUUGUUGUUGGUAUUUGUUAUUAUUGGUAUGUUGAUUGUUGUGUGUUACAGAGGAGAUCCAAACUUUGGGGGGAGGUGUCUGAGCCUCGGCCCAGGCAGAGUAGCCCUGAGGAGGGCAGACUGACUGCCGUGGGUGGUGGUGGGCUGGAGCUGGCCUCACGUCUCCAGUUACUGAGUAAAGACUCCCACUCACUGGGGGAGGAGCCUGCAGCAAUGGACCCUGGACGCAGGUCCCCUGUUGGCGGAGCAAGGUAAACUCACUACAUUAAUAUAUUCCCACUAGGUAACAUCACUACAUUAAUAUAUUCCACUAGGUAAACUCACUACAUUAAUAUAUUCCAGUAGGUAAACUCACUACAUUAAUAUAUUCCAGUAGGUAAACUCACUGUAUAUUUCCACAUCUGGGAUGCCACCCAUAUAAGAUCCCAGUCAGCGAGGUUGACCUACUGAUCUGUUUUUACCAGCUCAACCAAGUUAACCCAGAUGGUACACUUUAUUUUGGGGGCAAGUGCUAGCAACAACACUGAGUGGAGUUAUAGUUUGAACAGUGCACAUUCAAGGGUAAGUAAUUAGAGCCCAUUGAGUAUAGGCUAUAAUCUCUCAGACACCCAGUGCAUUCAUGAGGGAUCACAACCUUUGAGAUUGUUGUUACUGUAUGCAGCUGAGAAGAAGUGAAACGCUAAGUUGGUGAAUGUAGUGGAAACCUGCCCAUUUGCAACAAGCGCGGUAACAAGCAUUCAUUGUUACACCUCUGUAAUUACACACCGCAAUUACUUCCAGUUACAUGUUGUUAUUACACUGUAACUAAGUGGUUACAGUGAACGUCAAUACUUGUUAUAGUGUAAUUACACAUGUAGAAACUACACUAUGAAACAAAGAUAAAUGACAUAAAGAAUUAUAGUAAAAAGCUUUGGAGCACCUUAAAUUAAAUUUUGGGCAAAAAGGCAAACUCCACUCCAUCAUAUAUUGAAUCAGAUGGCUCAUUCACCACAACACCCACUGAUAUUGCCAACUACUUUAAUGAUUUCUUCAUUGGCAAGAUUACCAAAUUUAAGCAUAACAUGCCAGCAACAAACGCUGACACUACACAUCCAAGUAUAUCUGACCAAAUUAUGAAAGACAAGCAUUGUAAUUUUGGAUUCCGUAAAGUGAGUGUGGAAGAGGUGAAACAAGUAUUGUUGUCUAUCAACAAUGACAAGCCACCACCCCGGUGGCUUGUCAUUGUUGAUAGACAACAAUACAAGUCUGACAACUUGGAUGGAAAAUUACUGAGGAUAAUAGCGGAUGAUGUUGCCACUCCUAUUUGCCAUAUCUUCAAUUUAAGCCUACUAGAAAGUGUGCCCCCUCAGGCCUGGAGGGAAGCAAAAGUCAUUCCCCUACCUAAGAAUAGUAAAGCCCCCUUUACUGGCUCAAAUAGCCGACCAAUCAGCCUGUUACCAACCCUUUGUAAACUUUUGGAAAAAAUGGUGUUUGACCAGAUACAAUGCUAUUUUACAGUGAACACAUUGACAACAGACUUUCAGCAUGCUUAUAGGGGAGGACAUUCAACAAGCACAGUACUUACACAAAUGACUGAUGAUUGGCUGAGAGAAAUUGAUGGUAAAAAGAUUGUGGGAGCUGUUUUGUUAGACUUCAGCGCGGCUUUUGACAUUAUAGAUCAUAGUCUGUUGCUGGAAAAACGUAUGUGUUAUGGCUUUACACCCCCUGCUAUAUUGUGGAUAAAGAGUUUACCUGUCUAACAGAACACAGAGGGUGUUCUUUAAUGGAAGCCUCUCCAACAAAAUCCAGGUAGAAUCAGGAAUUCCCCAGGACAGCUGUCUAGGCCCCUUACUUUUCUCAAUCUUUACUAACGACAUGCCACUUUCUUUGAGUAAAGGCAAUGUGUCUAUGUUUGCAGAUGACUCAACACUAUACACGUCAGCUACUACAGCGACUGAAAUGACUGCAACACUUAACAAAGAGCUGCAGUUAGUUUCAGAAUGGGUGGCAAGGAAUAAGUUAGUCCUAAAUAUUUCAAAAACUAAAAGCAUUGUGUUUGGGACAAAUCAUUCACUAAACCCUAAACCUCAACUAGAUCUUGUAAUGAAUAAUGUGGAAAUUGAGCAAGUUGAGGAGACUAAACUGCUUGGAGUAACCCUGGAUUGUAAACUGUCAUGGUCAAAACAUAUUGAUACAACAGUAGCUAAGAUGGGGAGAAGUCUGUCCAUAAUAAAGCGCUAUUCUGCAUUCUUAACAGCACUAUCAACAAGGCAGGUCCUACAGGCCCUAGUUUUGUCGCACCUGGACUACUGUUCAGUCGUGUGGUCAGGUGCCACAAAGAGGGACUUAGGAAAAUUGCAAUUGGCUCAGAACAGGGCAGCACGGCUGGCCCUUGGAUGUACACAGAGAGCUAACAUUAAUAAUUGGCAUGUCAAUCUCUCUUGGCUCAAAGUGGAGGAGAGAUUGACUUCAUCACUACUUGUAUUUGUGAGAGGUAUUGACAUGUUGAAUGCACCGAGCUGUCUGUUUGAACUACUGGCACACAGCUCGGACAGCCAUGCAUACCCCACAACAUUUACAUUUACAUUUUAGUCAUUUAGCAGACGCUCUUAUCCAGAGCGACUUACAGUUAGUGAAUACAUAUUUUUUUAUACUGGCCCCCCGUGGGAAUCGAACCCACAACCCUGGCGUUGCAAACACCAUGCUCUAUCAACUGAGCUACAUCCCUGCCGGCCAUUCCCUCCCAUACCCUGGACGACGCUGGGCCAAUUGUGCGCCACCCAUGAGUCUCCCGGUCGCGGCCGGCUGCGACAGAGCCUGGAUUCGAACCAGGAUCUCUAGUGGCACAGUUAGCACUGCGAUGCAGUGCCUUAGACCACUGCGCCACUCAGGAGACAUGCCACCAGAGGUCUCUUCACAAUCCCCAAGUCCAGAACAGACUAUGGGAGGCACACAGUACUACAUAGAGCCAUGACUACAUGGAACUCUAUUCCACAUCAAGUAACUCAUGCCAGCAGUAAAAUCAGCGGGGACUGUGAAGCAACACAAACAUAGACACAUGCAUACAAACACACGAUGACAUACGCACUAUACGCACAUGUACAGUGGGGAAAAAAAGUAUUUAGUCAGCCACCAGUUGUGCAAGUUCUCCCACUUAAAAAGAUGAGAGAGGCCUGUAAUUUUCAUCAUAGGUACACGUCAACUAUGACAGACAAAUUGAGAAAAAAAAAUCCAGAAAAUCACAUUGUAGGAUUUUUAAUGAAUUUAUUUGCAAAUUAUGGUGGAAAAUAAGUAUUUGGUCACCUACAAACAAGCAAGAUUUCUGGCUCUCACAGACCUGUAACUUCUUAUUUAAGAGGCUCCUCUGUCCUCCACUCGUUACCUGUAUUAAUGGCACCUGUUUGAACUUGUUAUCAGUAUAAAAGACACCUGUCCACAACCUCAAACAGUCACACUCCAAACUCCACUAUGGCCAAGACCAAAGAGCUGUCAAAGGACACCAGAAACAAAAUUGUAGACCUGCACCAGGCUGGGAAGACUGAAUCUGCAAUAGGUAAGCAGCUUGGUUUGAAGACAUCAACUGUGGGAGCAAUUAUUAGGAAAUGGAAGACAUACAAGACCACUGAUAAUCUCCCUCGAUCUGGGGCUCCAUGCAAGAUCUCACCCCGUGGGGUCAAAAUGAUCACAAGAACGGUGAGCAAAAAUCCCAGAACCACACGAGGGGACCUAGUGAAUGACCUGCAGAGAGCUGGGACCAAAGUAACAAAGCCUACCAUCAGUAACACACUACGCCGCCAGGGACUCAAAUCCUGCAGUGCUAGACGUGUCCCCCUGCUUAAGCCAGUACAUGUCCAGGCCCGUCUGAAGUUUGCUAGAGUGCAUCCAGAAGAGGAUUGGGAAAAUGUCAUAUGGUCAGAUGAAACCAAAAUAGAACUUUUUGGUAAAAACUCAACUCGUCGUGUUUGGAGGACAAAAAAUGCUGAGUUGCAUCCAAAGAACACCAUACCUACUGUGAAGCAUGGGGGUGGAAACAUCAUGCUUUGGGGCUGUUUUUCUGCAAAGGGACCAGGAUGACUGAUCCGUGUAAAGGAAAGAAUGAAUGGGGCCAUGUAUCGUGAGAUUUUGAGUGAAAACCUCCUUCCAUCAGCAAGGGCAUUGAAGAUGAAACGUGGCUGGGUCUUUCAGCAUGACAAUGAUCCCAAACACACCGCCCGGGCAACGAAGGAGUGGCUUCGUAAGAAGCAUUUCAAGGUCCUGGAGUGGCCUAGCCAGUCUCCAGAUCUCAACCCCAUAGAAAAUCUUUGGAGGGAGUUGAAAGUCUGUGUUGCCCAGCGACAGCCCCAAAACAUCACUGCUCUAGAGGAGAUCUGCGUGGAGGAAUGGGCCAAAAUACCAGCAACAGUGUGUGAAAACCUUGUGAAGACUUACAGAAAACGUUUGACCUGUGUCAUUGCCAACAAAGGGUAUAUAACAAAGUAUUGAGAAACUUUUGUUAUUGACCAAAUACUUAUUUUCCACCAUAAUUUGCAAAUAAAUUCAUUAAAAAUCCUACAAUGUGAUUUUCUGGAUUUUUUUUUCUAAAUUUGUCUGUCAUAGUUGACGUGUACCUAUGAUGAAUAUUACAGGCCUCUCUCAUCUUUUUAAGUGGGAGAACUUGCACAAUUGGUGGCUGACUAAAUACUUUUUUUCCCCACUGUACAUGUGGAUUUUGUGUUAUAGAUAUGUGGUAGUAGAGUAGAGGCCUGAGGGCACACACUUAGUGUGUUGUGAAAUCUGUUAUGAAUGUAUUGUAAUGUUUUUAAAAUGUAUAACUUCCUUAAUUUUGCUGGACCCCAGGAAGAGUAGCUGCUGCCUUGGGAUCCAUAAUAAAUACAAAUAUUAAUAUAUUCCACUAGGUAACAUCACUACAUUAAUAUAUUCCACUAGGUAACAUCACUACAUUAAUAUAUUCCACUAGGUAACAUCACUACAUUAAUAUAUUCCACUAGGUAACAUCACUACAUUAAUAUAUUCCACUAGGUAACAUCACUACAUUAAUAUAUUCCACUAGGUAAACUCACUACAUUAAUAUAUUCCACUGGGUAACAUCACUACAUUAAUAUAUUCCACUAGGUAACAUCACUACAUUAAUGUAUUCCACUAGGUAAACUCACUACAUUAAUAUAUUCCACUAGGUAACAUCACUACAUAAAUAUAUUCCACUAGGUAACAUCACUACAUUAAUAUAUUCCACUAGGUAAACUCACUACAUUAAUAUAUUCCACUAGGUAACAUCACUACAUUAAUAUAUUCCACUAGGUAACAUCACUACAUUAAUAUAUUCCACUAGGUAACAUCACUACAUUAAUAUAUUCCACUAGGUAACAUCACUACAUUAAUAUAUUCCACAAGGUAACAUCACUACAUUAAUAUAUUCAACUAGGUAACAUCACUACAUUAAUAUAUUCCACUAGGUAACAUCACUACAUUAAUAUAUUCCACUAGGUAACAUCACUACAUUAAUAUAUUACACUAGGUAACAUCACUACAUUAAUAUAUUCCACUAGGUAACAUCACUACAUUAAUAUAUUCCACUAGGUAACAUCACUACAUUAACAUAUUCCACUAGGUAACAUCACUACAUUAAUAUAUUCCACUAGGUAACCUAACUACAUUAAUAUAUUACACUAGGUAACAUCACUACAUUAAUAUAUUCCACUAGGUAACCUAACUACAUUAAUAUAUUCCACUAGGUAACAUCACUACAUUAAUAUAUUCCACCAGGUAACCUCACUACAUUAAUAUAUUACACUAGGUAACAUCACUACAUUAAUAUAUUCCACUAGGUAACAUCACUACAUAAAUAUAUUCCACUAGGUAACAUCACUACAUUAAUAUAUUCCACUAGGUAAACUCACUACAUUAAUAUAUUCCACUAGGUAACAUCACUACAUUAAUAUAUUCCACUAGGUAACAUCACUACAUUAAUAUAUUCCACUAGGUAACAUCACUACAUUAAUAUAUUCCACUAGGUAACGUCACUACAUUAAUAUAUUCCACUAGGUAACAUCACUACAUUAAUAUAUUCCACUAGGUAACAUCACUACAUUAAUAUAUUCCACUAGGUAACAUCACUACAUUAAUAUAUUCCACUAGGUAACAUCACUACAUUAAUAUAUUCCACUAGGUAACAUCACUACAUUAAUAUAUUCCACAAGGUAACAUCACUACAUUAAUAUAUUCCACUAGGUAACAUCACUACAUUAAUAUAUUCCACUAGGUAACAUCACUACAUUAAUAUAUUCCACUAGGUAACAUCACUACAUUAAUAUAUUCCACUAGGUAACCUAACUACAUUAAUAUAUUCCACUAGGUAACAUCACUACAUUAAUAUAUUCCACUAGGUAACCUAACUACAUUAAUAUAUUCCACUAGGUAACAUCACUACAUUAAUAUAUUCCACUAGGUAAACUCACUACAUUAAUAUAUUACACUAGGUAACAUCACUACAUUAAUAUAUUCCACUAGGUAACCUAACUACAUUAAUAUAUUCCACUAGGUAACAUCACUACAUUAAUAUAUUCCACUAGGUAACCUAACUACAUUAAUAUAUUCCACUAGGUAACAUCACUACAUUAAUAUAUUCCACUAGGUAACAUCACUACAUUAAUAUAUUCCACUAGGUAACAUCACUACAUAAAUAUAUUACACUAGGUAACAUUACUACAUUAAUAUAUUCCACUAGGUAACAUCACUACAUUAAUAUAUUACACUAGGUAACAUCACUACAUUAAUAUAUUACACUAGGUAACAUCACUACAUUAAUAUAUUACACUAGGUAACAUCACUACAUUAAUAUAUUACACUAGGUAACAUCACUACAUUAAUAUACAGUGGGGUCUGAAAUGAUUGACACCCUUGAUACAGAUUAGCAAAAAUGACUGUAUAAAAUAAAUAAUUCAAAUACUGAGCUAUGUUGUAUGCUCAAAGAAUUGGGAAAUUAUAUUAUUUUAUACUAAUAGAAUUGCUCAGAGAAAUAUAUAUAUAUUUUUUAAACAAGGAAUAACAUUAACGUGGAUGCUACCAUGAUUACGGAUAAUCCUGAAUGAAUCAUGAAUAAUGAUGAGUGAGGAAUUUACAGAGGGUCAAAGAUCAUACCGCCAAGACAUGCUAACCUCCCGUCUUAUUGGUAAUUGUGAGAGGUUAGCAGGUCCACAUUAAUGUAUGUUACAGGCCUUGUUUUUUUCCAUUUAUAUUUCGAGGUUGGAUGUCAGUACGUUGGGCACACCGAUUGGUGUCACCUCGUUAGUCAGUAUGUGUUACUCCUGUGCUGGCUUGUCAUGUCGUUAGUCAGUAUGUGUUACUCCUGUGCUGGCUUGUCACCUCGUUAGUCAGUAUGUGUUUCACCUGUGCUGGCUUGUCACCUCGUUAGUCAGUAUGUGUUUCACCUGUGCUGGCUUGUCAUGUCGUUAGUCAGUAUGUGUUUCACCUCUGCUGGCUUGUCACCUCGUUAGUCAGUAUGUGUUACACCUGUGCUGGCUUGUCACCUCGUUAGUCAGUAUGUGUUUCACCUGUGCUGGCUUGUCACCUCGUUAGUCAGUAUGUGUUUCACCUGUGCUGGCUUGUCACCUCGUUAGUCAGUAUGUGUUUCACCUGUGCUGGCUUGUCAUGUCGUUAGUCAGUAUGUGUUUCACCUGUGCUGGCUUGUCACCUCGUUAGUCAGUAUGUGUUACUCCUGUGCUGGCUUGUCACCUCGUUAGUCAGUAUGUGUUACACCUGUGCUGGCUUGUCACCUCGUUAGUCAGGUGUUUCACUUGUGAUAUUUAAGAGUGUCUGGCCCAGUGCUCCAGUUGGCUUGAGAGAUGUGGAGGAUUCACACCUUUAGUUGGCUCUCCCUAUUUGAUAAAAAAAAAAAAAAAAAUCCUUUAUCUGAUCUGUUCAAAAGACACUUUUGUGGUAGAGAUUCUGUCACUGACAUCCACUCAGAGGAGUUAUAAGAUUGGUGAAAGUUGUAUAAAUACCCAUGCUAAUAAAAAGGCAUGGACUUUAAGUUGGAAUGAUUUGUGGAAAACCCUCCAUGGGAGAUGCUGGAUAACUGUAUGAAGGUGAAUCUGCUCAUCAUUACAAAGCAUUAUGACAUCAAAGUUGCACAUGCCAAUUCAAAAGCAGUAGCCAAAGAGUUAGUCUAUACUGCUUUGGUGGAGGAGGAAAUCCUUCCAGAGAGGGAGGAUGAUGAAAAGGUUCCUACGGGUGGUAGAGGAACACGAUAGAUCUGGAAGUACUCAGAAUCAAGUUAGACCAUCCUGCACCCUCAACAGAUUUUGAUCUUGGUCAGAACAGCCUGCACCCUCAACAGAGUGUGAUCUUGGUCAGAACAGCCUGCACCCUCAACAGAGUGUGAUCUUGGUCAGAACAGCCUGCACCCUCAACAGAGUGUGAUCUUGGUCAGAACAGCCUGCACCCUCAACAGAGUUUGAUCUUGGUCAGAACAGCCUGCACCCUCAACAGAGUGUGAUCUUGGUCAGAACAGCCUGCACCCUCAACAGAGUGUGAUCUUGGUCAGACCAGCCUGCACCCUCAACAGAGUUUGAUCUUGGUCAGAACAGCCUGCACCCUCAACAGAGUGUGAUCUUGGUCAGAACAGCCUGCACCCUCAACAGAGUGUGAUCUUGGUCAGAACAGCCUGCACCCUCAACAGAGUGUGAUCUUGGUCAGAACAGCCUGCACCCUCAACAGAGUGUGAUCUUGGUCAGAACAGCCUGCUUGCUCCGCCUUUCAGUGAAAAGGAGGUGGAUGUAGCCCCGUGUAGCUCAGUUGGUAGAGCAUGGCGCUUGCAACGCCAGGGUUGUGGGUUCGAUUCCCACGGGGGCCCAGUAUAAAAAAAUUAAAUAAUGUAUGCACUCACUAACUGUAAGUCACUCUGGAUAAGAGCAUCUACUAAAAAUGUAAAAAAAUCUAUAUUUUACUCUGAGCGGAUUGCAACAUCCCUAAAAUGUCAGCGAGAGAUUUGGUCUCUGCUCCAAAGUGUUCUUGUGGGAAAAGCUCAGAAAGUGGACACCGCUUUAUCUCUCGACCAGAGUUCAGAUUAUGAUACUGUUAAAGCUCAGAAAGUGGACACCGCUUUAUCUCUUGACCAGAGUUCAGAUUAUGACACUGUUAAAGCUCAGAAAGUGUACACCGCUUUCUCUUGACCAGAGUUCAGAUUAUGACACUGUUAAAGCUCAGAAAGUGUACACCGCUUUAUCUCGACCAGAGUUCAGAUUAUGACACUGUUAAAGCUGCUAUCCUUUGGGUUUACGAGUUGGUCCCAGACGCAUACAGACAACAGUUCCAUAAAUUACGAAAGACAGAAUCACAGAGCCAUGUUGAGUUCGCAAGGGAACAAGCAUUUAUUUUGAUCGGUGGUAUGGUUCUCAAGAGAUCAAGGACCUUGAGGAUUUAAAGACACUCAGACUUCUUGAGCAGUUCAAGAAUUGCCUUCACUGUCAUGAAUGUCUGUGGAAUGCAGUAGGCCAGAGUCAAGCACAGGCCACAGAAUGAGAUGCAGAACCACUUUACUGAGUAGUAAAGAAAUACAAGGAAAACCCUCCAAAACAACACAGGAGGAGCAAAACCCACUCACACUAAUGACACCAUCAAGUCUCUGUUUGGGACUGGUGUAUCCCAUCAAGUCUCUGGUUGGGACUGGUGUAUCCCAUCAAGUCUCUGGUUGGGACUGGUGUAUCCCAUCAAGUCUCUGGUUGGGACUGGUGUAUCCCAUCAAGUCUCUGGUUGGGACUGGUGUAUCCCAUCUAGUCUCUGGUUGGGACUGGUGUAUCCCAUCUAGUCUCUGGUUGGGACUGGUGUAUCCCAUCAAGUCUCUGGUUGGGACUGGUGUAUCCCAUCAAGUCUCUGGUUGGGACUGGUGCAUCCCAUCAAGUCUCUGGUUGGGACUGGUGUAUCCCAUCAAGUCUCUGGUUGGGACUGGUGUAUCCCAUCAAGUCUCUGGUUGGGACUGGUGUAUCCCAUCUAGUCUCUGGUUGGGACUGGUGUAUCCCAUCAAGUCUCUGGUUGGGACUGGUGUAUCCCAUCUAGUCUGGUGUAUCCCAUCUAGUCUGGUGUAUCCCAUCUAG